UUCAACCACCCAAUAUUCUCCAUUUAUAUAUAGAUCGUUCAUUGAAUAGAAAGGUGAGUAACAGAAGAUAAUGGGUACAAUUAUUAUUACAUCCACGUCUUGCAAAAAUCAGUUGAAUCUCAUGAUACAACUAUUUUAUAUUGCUAUAUUAUUCUUUACCAUAGCCAAAUCUGAAGUUAUUACAGUUGGUGGGGAUGAGAACAGGUGGACUGAUAGCUUCAACUAUGUUUCCUGGGCUCAGAAUUUUAAUUUUAGUGUUGGUGAUGUUCUUGUGUUUAAUUACGCUCAGAAAGCACAUAAUGUGUACGAUGUAACAAAAGAAACAUUUCGAACUUGCAAUACAAGCAAUGGAGUGAAUACUAUGUAUACAAGUGGCGAUGAUCAUGUUGAACUAAAAGAGGCCAAGCAAUAUUGGUUUAUUUGCACUGUGGACUCCCAUUGUGAAUUUGGGAUGAGAUUCAGCAUCAAUGUUACUGGCAACUUAUCUUCAUUAAUUCCUUUAAAUCAUGGUAAUUUUGCAUUUAGGAACCAAUUUGUUUCAUGGGUUUGCCUUCUUCUAGGAAUUUUGUAUAUUUUAAUCAUCAUUGUUUAAUUUAUACUUUUACAUUUUGGUGAGGUUUUUUUUAUUACUUUUUUUAAUUUUGGAUUAUUUACUAUACUUUGUUUUAAAGAAAAGGGGCGAAAAAAGAAAAGAAAAGUUGAGGGAUAUUGGAUGUAAGAGUUUUGUGUACUUGUAAUUAUGAUAAUCUUAUCUUGAAAAGGGAAAUGUUGUAUUGGGUUUUUAUCAUUUGUUUAAAAAUUUACUUGUUUGUUCAGUUGUGGCUUCCUUGUGAUUUAAUAUUAAGUUUAACUAAAAGUAUAAGUUGAUGGGUUGAAGUUUUAUGAUAUGUUAUAUAUUUUAUUAUACUCUUUUAUAUAAGAGCUCUUUAGGUUAAAUGUUUGAAUGCAACACAUGUCUA